ACCUGCUUUGUGUUUGAAUUCUUUUGAGUCUGUUCUCCAUGAAUAUCCAUGCUAACAAAUAUAUUUAUCCUAGGUAGUCUGGAUGCAUUUCUGUGCAAACCAGUGCUGAUGUCAUUUCAUUAAAAUGUCCUGAGGUCCCACCACUUGAAGGUCUGCUAAUUGUGAAACUGUGAGAACUACAAAGAAAUGAGUUAAACAGAACAGAGUGUGAAGAGUUUUCACACCUCCAUGCUUAUAAAUAAGCUGAGCCACACAAAGGUCUGGGGAAGAGUUAGAAAUUUCCUUUCUGAGGUGAGGUUUUACUUCAGUUACAUCUGCUGGCUGCCAGACAGUAGCAGAUCAGGCCUGAGUCUGUCAGCCCUUGAAAUCAUCUCAUCCUGGAGGCACUAAAUGACCAGAGUGCUCCUGCGGAUCAACUCAGGGCAACGAGUGGUGCUGGCAAUGAGAGACCUGCUUCCUUGGGGACUCUGCUCCAGCUGGGGAGACAACAUGGGCCCUACCCAGGGCUGCUGGACCCUCUGCUCCAUCCUGCUACUUCGUCUCUCCCAGGCUGUUCUCAUCAAAAUCCCUCAGGAUUUGGUCAAUGGCACUGUUGGCCAGUCCGUGCUCCUGCCCGUCUCCUACAAACUCAGCAGCUCCUCUCACUUCCCACUGCCAUUUCACUGGACAUUCAGUAACCGCUCUGAGCGAAUUGUCACCUGCACGGUGCUGAACUGCUCCCUGAGUGCUGAGGGGACUCCCAAGCACUGCUCUGCAAAACAUUUCCCACACGCCGCAUACCAAGGUCGUGUUGUGCUUUUCCCUGAGAACGCAUCCCUGCUGCUCCGGGACCUGCAGCUCAAGGACAGCGGGGUCUACAGCGUCACCUUCAAACAGCAGAUCCAAACCAGGCGCAUCACCUUAACUGUGUACAGUGAGGCACGUGCUGACACUGAUGCCAGAGGAGGGAGAUCUGGACAGAAAAUCCUUGUUAUUAUUGCUGGAUGCUUCUGUCUGAUCUUGCUGCUUCUGCUGCUGUUCUGCUACGCAUGGCACAGGGGGGCAGUUCUUCAGCUAAUGAGAUGUAUGAAUCAACAGGUCCAAAGUCCUAGUGAGCCCUGGGGAAAAUGGUCGGACACAGAGCUGGAAAGGAUUUACGCAAAUGUCAUCUACUUGGGAAGAGGUAGCUAAAAAACAGUAUUUAGCAAAUGGUAGCCCAAAGGCAAUGUACAAGCGUGGCUAAUAAAGCCGUGGGAGUUGUUCCAAGCUAGAACUCCUCAUCUGGAAAAAUAGAUGCUUUUUAAAGGAAUAAGCACAGCACUGUUAAGGUGGCUCCAACUGGCAGGGAGCAGGACACUUUCCCAGAUGACGCCAGCUCUGUUGAUGGGGUUAAUACUCAGAAACCACCCCGGUACUCUAAGCACAACAUCUUGGCUAUGAGACCGAACAGUUUGGGCUACGGGGCCAAACUAACCGGAGAAAUAACAUAGCACAUCUCCUGAGUCCCUAACUGGCCAGGUUAAUUCUGUAUUUAUAUAAACAGAUUGUGAUGAGUGUAACAUCACUGGAAAAUGCGUAUCUGUGAGUUUGUAGCUGGACGAUCCCAGGGAAAACACAAGAGGUUUAUCAAAUGUGCAAUAAAAAUAUCUGAAUAUUUUCAAAAACUAUGAGAGGGCUGGUUGGGGUAAAGAUAUGACACUGCAUCCAGCACCUCUAGUCUGAUACAUGUGUUGCUUCCACUGUAACUGAUCAGGCUUGAUUUGAAGUCCUGGCUGUACCUCCCCAAGAACUGCUAGUAUUUGGGGAGUUUCUGGAAGAAAAGUUUCCUGGCAGAAUAUACAGUUUUCACAGAAGUAAAACUGCACAAUCUGCAUAAAGCAAAUCAAGUACAACUUGUAUCUCCAAAUUGAGCAAUGCAAGUGCUUGUUCUCCUCCACAAGGGCUGACACCACACUUUACUCUGAGAUGCACGGCUUGCAUGUGAAUUCCCCAUUUUUUGAGGUGUAAGUCACAGAGACAACCCUUACCCUCUUGCACAUUUGUGAGUUCAACUCUGUGCACAAAGAGGGACAGUUAGCAGCUCCUCCCUCUGCUGUGGUGAUACUUCAGAGACUUCCGCUCGCUCACGGCACAGUGGAAACGCUCAAAAGAUGACUGUCCUCCGUUGCUGGUCUUAAGCUGCUAGUUGCCCUUCCUUGGCUGGCAAUGGUGAAACAGCAGCAAGCCCAAUCAGCUCCUUUUGGUGCACUCUGUGGGGUAAAAGACAAGCAGUUGGGGUCCUGCACAGUCUCUGCGGCAGCCACAUCCCAGGAGCCCGGGAUACUUGGGCCCUUCCAGGACCUGUGCUCCAUCCUGCUGCUCCUCAGUGAGUCUGGGAAGGGCGAGCUGUGGGGAUGCAGCAGCCUGGAUCAAAGACACAGCUGGUGCCAUCCAGGAUGUUUCAGUCUGGAUGUGACCUGCUGCAGUUCUGCAACUCCACUGCAACAGUAUUGCUGGAUUGCUUAGUCCUAGGUCAUGAGAGGGGAGUACCCACUAUGGCUGUGGUAUAAAGAGAUCUUUUCUGCUUGUUUCUGUAUGUCAGUAUUGGAAAUGGAGUCAGCCUCCCUCAGAUGUCACGUACAGAGGAUGUGUGUAGUUCUUGGGCUUGGGCAUUAAACUCUGUAGUUGAGCUUGCAGCAGCUGCCCUGGGUCUGUGGCCAUCCCUUACUGGGGGAUUGCAGUUCAACUCUCUUACAGUUGCUUUUGGGGGGAGAAGGGCGGGAACGGUAGCUCUGGCAUUUUCUCACAUCACAGCACUCCUGGGGCAUUUGGAAGCAACACGCCAUGAAGCCUGUCUUAGACUGACAGUACUCUAGUAACUCCAGAGGGAGGAAAACAGGACCCCGCCCCAAGCUUGUAAACGCACUUGCUUGGUCUUCCUCAACUUCCUUGCAGUUGUUCCCUGUGAGACCACUGGCUACCAGAGGUAUUUUCUAUCCUCAUUGGGUGCAGAUCGGAGUAGGUAAAACUUGCUCCCCUGGCAUUCUGAUGCUCUAAGAGCUGAGAAUCCAGCCUAUAGGCUCCAAAGAGUGCUUGGAGGUAAAUUGCAACAAUGUUUUUAACGACACUGGAGUAGCUGGAAAACUAUUAAUUGCCAGUGGACUUCCUCACAGUUAAGUGAAAUAAUGCAAUUUUUGGACUAUUAAGUGCCAGCAGUAAUCAGCAUUCACAUGAACUGCAUAAAAAUAGCCAAAAUUUGCCCAGUAAAUUGUUCACUCUAUUUUUUAUGACUUUUUAUUCUUUGCCAGUUUCAGUCCCCCAAUAUGCACUCCACGAGUUUUGGUCUAAAAUUUGUGUGGGAGGAGAGAGCUUCCUAAAGUCUCUCAAAAUUUCUCAGUGCCCCACUCCUCUCCUGUCCUGCGUGAUACUCUCUACCCCCUCUUGAAAGCCCUAUGGCUCUCUGGUUAGUCUCCUCACCUCUAGCAGCUCCCUGCUGAGCUCCCAGCCCCUCUUGGCCACCUUCACCUUUGCAGUCCCACCCAGCUGCCCUCCAGCACCCACCCGGUCCCCCUGGCCCCCUCAGGAAUCCGCCCACUGCCCUGCAAUUGCCCAAACCCUAGGAGACUCGGGCUUGAAUCUCAUCAAAACCAGUAAUUAGGAAAGGGAAAUGCGGAGAAAAGCAGGAAGCCAUCCUCUGCUCCAGCUUCCUGGCCCUACCGUUUUAUUCAACGUGUCUGUGCAAAGGGUAACGUAUGUGCUGUAGGGUUUGAUUUCACCACAUGAAUUGGUCCAUUAAAAGGAAGGCUCACUGCA